UCGGGCCUGUUGACUGUUGCCGCGUUGCCAUGGUGACGGCGCGGAGUAAUACAGCUGGUAAGCGAGCCGGGGACUGGAGUUGAGUUGUUGACCCAGUAACUUGACCUCGCCGACGGAUGCGGCGCCCACUUCGCUCCUAAUCGUUCGCCAUGUCGAUGCGGAGCCUGUUGGCCCGCGGGUGGCAGCUGGGCCGCUCGGCCCUGCGCCUGGUCGCCCCCGCGGCGGGACUGCGGCCUAGUGCGGGGAUCCUAAGGCCUGCGGGCCGCCCGCCGCUCCAGUACGAGCUGCCGGCCCGCUACCGCUAUUUCCGCCACUCGAUCAGCAGCCUGGCUGCCCAGCUGCAGCGCCAGGCCUUCCGACGGAUCCGCGGGCCCCGCGGGGCCUUGCUGGCCUUCGGCCUGGGCCUGGGUUUCGUCGAGCAGCGGGUGGAGGAGGCGAGGACCGGCACCGCUGCGUGUGAGGAGAUCCAGAUGCUGUUUAAAAGAAAGAAUAUUCAAUAUGAAAAAUCCAUACCCUUGUCCAGCAUUGGCCAUUGUCUGGAAGAUUACAAGAUCGGACACCCCAUUGGAAAAGGAUGCAGCGCUGCCGUGUACAAGGCCGCCAUUCCUGAAGUGGCCAUUCCAAAAGCAAGCAGUAAGACCAGGACAAAGGAGUCACCGCCAGAAAGUAAAAGCAAGGGAGUGAAAGCAGCUGCUGCGCCAGAUGUCUCCGGUGUUGGAGCCGAAACAACGGAAAGUAAUUCCCGAAUUUCUGACGAAAAUUCAAGUUUGAGUUUUGUGGUUUGGAAGAGAGAUCCACCUGCUGUAUCCGAAGGAGAAGCCAGCCACCCACACAACGACUCAGACUAUCCUUUGGCUUUAAAAAUGCUUUGGAACAUAAAAGCUGGGUCCUCCACUGACGCUAUCCUGAGAACAAUGGGCAAGGAGCUGGUUCCAACCACCCCUAAUGCUUUGUCUGGAGAGUUUGGUACCACCAAAGGAUUAGCUCUACCUUAUCAUUAUAGCAGAGAGAAGCUGAAACCACAUCCAAACAUAAUCCAGAUUGUCCGGGCAUUUACAGCCAAGGUUCCUCUGUUACCUGGAGCAUGGGUGGACUAUCCUGAUGUACUGCCCACCAGUUUGAAUCCUAAUGGGAUAGGAUGCAACCGCACGCUAUUUCUGGUGAUGAAAAGUUACCCCUGUACCCUGAAGCAAUACUUGCAAGUCUGUACCCCUUGGGGUGACUCUGCUGUGCUGAUGAUUCUUCAGUUACUGGAGGGAGUGGAUCACCUGGUUCAGCACAACAUUGCCCACAGAGAUCUGAAGACGGACAAUAUUCUGGUGGAGUUUGAUUCCGUUGGAUGCCCACGUUUGGUGAUCACUGAUUUUGGUUGCUGCCUCGUGAAUCGGGAUGAAGGAUUGAAGCUUCCCUUUACCAGCAUGGAGGUGGACCGGGGCGGAAAUGCCUGUCUAAUGGCCCCUGAGAUCAGUGCGGCAGUACCUGGACCCCGGGUGACUUUAGACUACAGCAGAUCUGAUGCCUGGGCAGUGGGUACUCUGGCCUAUGAGGUCCUGGGGUUUACCAAUCCCUUCUACCAACACGGAGGGGAUUAUCUGGAGAGCAGGAGCUACGAUGAGAACAAGCUGCCGCCUUUGCCGGGCACCAUUCAUAGAAACGUGAGACUGGUGCUGAAGCUAUUAUUGUGCAGAGAUCCCAAGAGGCGCCUGUCAGCACGAGUUGCUGCCGACAUGCUGCAUCUACACCAGUGGGGGGCAGAGCUCCUGUCUUCAGACGACAUCAGUGUGGAGAAGCUAUUCGACUGGCUGCGGUGCCAGACUCUGCUCACCUCCCUGCAGGGAGCGAUGAAUUGUGGAUCUAAAGUGCAGACUGACCUGAGGAGGAACUUCUUGGCAAAUCUCAACUUUGAACAACUGAACCUGGGGCUGGACCUGCUGCUAAGUGGAAAAAACAACUAAAGAUUUGCUUCGAAAACACAAUCGGGUGAAAAUGAAUGCUACUAAGUGCACGCCUAGGAAUAAAACGUUGCAUUUUGUUCCUAACUAGUUAGACGAAUAUGCAUUUAAUCAAUUAGGGCUUAUGUUGAUUUAUAGUUAAUGAAGUAAACUCUGCUGUCUUUUGCCAUUCAAUGCUAAUACUACGGAGAGUGUUGGUGGAACCAGUUCACUGCCAAGUGUUUUGUUUCACUAUUGGCCAUGAUCUGAGUUAAGUACAGGUGAAGUCGACCUCACACAGUUGGGAAGUAAAUGUUCUGAUGUGCCAUUGAAUGUGUACUGAAGAAUGUUACUGAGGGCAGCAGAAUGAAAUGAAGGCCAGCGCACUUUUUUUUUUUUAAACGUGUUGCUUGUUUGCACCUUGUCCCCAGUUCUAGCACUUGGCACUUUAACCUCUUGUAUAUUUUUAAUAGAAUAUCCAGGACCCACAGUGUAAGGAAUCGUCAGGUUGUAAAAUGUACAAACAUGCAAAGAAGACAUUGUUAAAUAGCACAGUUGGAGUCACAAAGUCUAGGUUCCAUGAGACCUAGUGGAUGUGAGGAGUUCCACAGUUUUGAGAUUUUAGAGGAGGGGGGGGAGGUGGAAGAAAUAUGGUUACAGGUUAUGAAAUAUCAAUCCUGUGGGUGGAAAGUCCUAUAUGUUUUCUGAAUGCUAUCUGCGUUUGACUUGCAACUCUUGUGUUUUUCUUCCUUUUUCUGCAUUGUAAAUGUUUCUCCCACCUAGAUAACUCCGUGAGCUGAUGACUUUGUCAUUCACAUUAAUCCACAGAUAUGUUUUCAGUUUGAUUUACAGUAUGGUUCUGUUAAACUGAUUUAAUUAAAAAUAGGAUUUGAAAUUUGAA